UCAUCCACUGGCUCAUAUGGUCAUUUAUGGUAUUUCAGGCAGAUAGUUUAGGGUUGAGAGUGAUAAUUAGAAUGAUUUCGGAAAUGCUGUCCUAUGUUUAGUUGCUGAUGUUCAACGUUGAACGGCAGUCUCUGCACGCAUUGUGCUUGAAAGCAGCAGACUUUAAUUGGUUUCUCAAUAAGAUAUAACCAUUAGUCAGUCCAACACGCGAGGGACUGAGGAAAAGCAGCACUCAGCAUUCCCGGUCGCCGUUACUCAACUGUCCUCUCUACAGUGAACUGAACGUUUUGGACGAUUUGAUCUCCAUAUUUCUACCUCAGAAUUGUUUUGUUUUAGUAGCGCAUUGGAUCCUAUAGCAUCUUUUAUUCCCGACUGGAUAAAGUUUGUGCAGGUUCCAACAUGAGUGAUUUAGAAGAAGACUUUAAAAAUAUUAUUUUGAUAAAAGAGGAGAGAAUUAAGGACAUGGAGAUGCGUCUCGCCGAGAAGGAAGAAGAGAUCCACGAAUUAAAACGAAAACUGCACAAAUGUCAAUCCGUUCUGCCCAGCGCGCAGAUAAUUGGACCUAGAACCAGGCGUGCCCAAGGCAUCUCGGCGGAACCUCAAGCUCACCGAACCUUCCAGGAGUUAAACAGUGAAGCAUUUCGGAAACAUUCCAAGUCUGACAGGUCCAAGGGCUUAAUCAAGGAGGCCAUUCUUGACAACGACUUCAUGAAGAACCUUGAGCUUUCUCAGAUCCAAGAGAUCGUUGACUGCAUGUACCCAGUUGAAUAUGCCACAGACAGCUGCAUCAUCAAAGAAGGGGAUGUGGGCUCGUUGGUGUAUGUGAUGGAAGAUGGGAAGGUGGAGGUGACCAAGGAGAGCAUGAAGCUGUGCACCAUGGGACCUGGGAAGGUGUUUGGAGAGCUGGCCAUCCUCUACAACUGCACCAGGACGGCCACCGUCAAGACCCUCACUAAUGUGAAGUUAUGGGCCAUCGACCGCCAGUGUUUCCAGACCAUUAUGAUGAGGACAGGCCUCAUCAAACAUGCCGAAUACAUGGAGUUUCUAAAGAGUGUUCCAACAUUCCAAGGCCUUUCAGAAGAAAUACUCAGCAAGCUUGCCGAUGUGAUGGAAGAGACGCACUACGGGGACGGGGAGUACAUCAUCAGACAGGGAGCCAGAGGGGACACCUUCUUCAUCAUCAGCAAGGGGAAGGUGAACGUCACCAGGGAGGAUUCUUCCAAUGAUAUGCCUGUGUACCUGCGAGGCCUGGGCAAAGGAGACUGGUUUGGGGAGAAAGCUCUGCAGGGAGAGGACAUCAGGACGGCUAAUGUGAUCGCUGCUGAAGCUGUCACCUGCCUGGUCAUUGACAGAGAUUCAUUUAAGCACUUGAUCGGGGGCCUGGAUGAUGUCUCAAACAAAGGCUAUGAGGAUGCAGGGGCCAAAGCCAAAUACGAAGCGGAGAACGCCUUCUUCUGUAACCUGAAGCUGGUGGACUUCAACAUCAUUGACACGCUGGGGGUCGGAGGUUUCGGACGCGUGGAUCUGGUGCAGCUCAAAAGCGAUGAGAUCAAAACGUUUGCGAUGAAGAUCCUGAAGAAGAGGCACAUCGUGGACACGCGGCAACAGGAGCAUAUCCGCUCCGAGAAGCAGAUCAUGCAGGAGGCCCACUCGGACUUCAUCGUCAGGCUAUAUAGGACAUUCAAAGAUGCCAAGUAUCUCUACAUGCUGAUGGAGGCUUGCCUUGGGGGAGAGCUCUGGACCAUACUUAGGGACAGAGGUUCAUUUGAAGACUCAACCACGCGGUUCUACACAGCCUGUGUGGUGGAGGCCUUCGCUUACCUGCAUUCCAAAGGGAUCAUCUACAGAGAUCUCAAACCAGAGAACCUCAUCCUGGAUCACAGAGGCUAUGCCAAGCUGGUGGACUUUGGCUUUGCCAAGAAGAUUGGGUUUGGGAAGAAGACAUGGACUUUCUGCGGGACCCCGGAGUACGUGGCACCUGAGAUCAUCCUGAACAAGGGGCACGACAUCUCCGCUGACUACUGGUCAUUGGGGAUCCUCAUGUACGAACUCCUGACUGGAAGCCCGCCAUUCUCAGGGCCAGAUCCAAUGAAGACAUACAAUAUCAUCCUGAGAGGAAUUGACAUGAUUGAAUUUCCAAAGAAGAUCACCAAAAAUGCUGCCAAUUUGAUAAAGAAACUAUGCAGGGACAAUCCUUCGGAAAGACUUGGAAACUUGAAAAACGGAGUCAAAGAUAUCCAAAAGCACAAAUGGUUUGAAGGCUUUAACUGGGAAGGGUUGAGGAAAGGAACCCUGACUCCUCCAAUCAUCCCUGAUGUAUCGUCGUCAACUGACACAAGCAACUUUGACAGUUUCCCAGAGGACAACGAUGACCCUCCUCCAGAUGACAUGUCUGGCUGGGACACAGAUUUUUAACGGCACGCUCCAUCUGUUGUAGCCUCUCUGGGUUUCCUGGGGAAGCGCUUCAAGGGUCUGGCUGCAGAGCACAGACAGACAGUUGAUGACGCUGUGAACAGACUGUGACAGUGAAGGGGGCAGUCGUACCGCUCUGGGUCACCGAGAUGCCUUCGCCGAUGUUGCUCCACUCUCCUCCGAGGUGACAUUGAGACUAACGGUUUAGCCGACAGAAGUCACCUUCAGUCUCUCUACAUCACCAUCAACCAUGCCUCUAUUGGAUCGCCUCAUGGAGAGUUUCUUUUUGUCACACAUUUGUAUAUUUAGGUUUAUGUAUUGGGUUGUGGCUGUUAGCGCUCACCAGUGUUUUCAGUGAUUACUUGUGAUACUGAGUGGAGUGGGUGUGAGAGGGAGAUUCCAGCUCUCUGUUGUAGCGUCUUGAGGACAACGAUUCCAACAGGGGGUGGGUUGACACUCUUUUAAACGCUUGUCAUCAAUAAUUAAAAUGUUAUUUUUUACAAGUUCCUUUGUAUCAUAUUAUACAUUUUUAAUAUUACACUAAUAAUUACAGCACAUAAAUAUUAUAUAUUGUAUAUAAUGCGUACUGUGUUCCGUUAGAAAACGCACACAAGCAUACACACAAUUGAACAUGUGUAAUUACACCAUUUAUAGCAAAGUUGUUUGAUUGAUAAAAACUACUUUGGCCUUCCCUUCGCCAUUCAGAUCUUUUUCAAAGCCCUACAGUGUUAAGAAAAUAUAUUUUACCAAAUUGAAUUGCAAGGACAUAUUUGACUUUCAAUGUAUUACCAUUUAGUUCUUUAUUAAGUAAAGGGGUGAUUGAGCCAUCGAGUGGGGAAACAGACAAGAACAUUGUUUGCCACUAGAGGGCAAACUGGGACUGAUACAAAAACAGGCUUACCAUAGGGACACAGGAGGUGAUGUCAAACACUGGGAAUUUAAAUGGGAGAUAGCAAGUGGACUUUGAUACAUGGCUAAAUACAGUCAGUCUGUCAUAUACAGAUUAUUCUACUAUUCAUAUGAUUAAUUUCCCAUUAACAUGGACCUUAGAACAUUAUCAUUUCUAAAUGAAAGGCAAGAUAGCUGCCAUUCUACAGGCCUCAAAUACAUUAUCAUAAUUUAAAAUGUUUAUACUGCCCUUGAAAACACUAUGAAUAUUAUUUAUUGUAGGACCAGAAGUAAAUAUUUGUGUACAUAAAUAUGUAGUGCUGAUAUUUUUGUGAUAUGUGUAUGAGUAGGCUAAACUUAUGAACGUCAUUAUUUAAUUUGAAUAUUUGUGUAUGAAUGUUUUGUCAAAUGAAAUACUGUGACAUAUUUCCUCAAGCUUGAAUUAUUUUCAUGUUAUCGCCAUCAUUCACUGAAUGACUGUGAAGUCGCACACCGCAGUACUGAGCAUCAUUACAUGGCUUUGUGGCAUUAUUGAAAGUGCCUUAACUCGAUGGCAUCCAAAAUAUAUCUUCAAUAUUUGUUUUAAUGCUGCAUGACAAUUGUCAAACUUAAACUGUCUUCAUUAUUUGGCUUGCUGCUUUUUUAUGGUCCAGCUAUUUAUAUGCCUUUUUUCUUACAAUAAAAUUUAACUUUCAAUCAA